AUGGACGACUACAAGUGCUCCCUGCCUUCCAUCUCGAACCUCCUGGGUCUCGCCGAUGCCGGCUCCCCAGUAAGCGAGGCCUCGCCAGUGUCAAGACAACACUCGCCCCAGCUCGAAGCUGGCCAACAACAACGGCCCGAGACGACAACUGGAAGCAAGGCAGAAAGCCGGCCUGGAUCUGGCUAUGCCAAGUCCUCCCAUCAACGUGGACUGCCACCAACGCCACCAAUGAGCACUGAUGCGUCUUUCGAGGGCUACAGCUCGCCUUCAAACAAGCCCGUCACCCAAGUGUACCCCAACUCAGCACCCAGAGGAUACUACUACGAGACGACACCCCCUCUGGAAGCCGAUAUCCAGCGCCAGGUGAUGGCAUCCAACGCCGUCCCUCGCUCAACACUGGCUCCGGUUCAAGCAGCAUACCCCCAGCAGCAGCAAUACGCAGCCUCCUACGUCCACCAACCGCCCAUGGGCAGCUACUAUCCCCCCAUGCAGCCCACGCCACCUCCCCAACACCAAGUCAUGAACUCCUACUACCAGCGUUCGCUCCCUCAGACGUUCCCGCCUCCGAUGACCAUGGCGGCACCAAGUGCGACUGGGGCGAACCCAUGGCAACAUCACCACUACCUGAACCCCACCGGCGGUGCGGCGUUCCCGCAAAGCCAGGACCGCUACAUUUGCCAAACAUGCAGCAAAGCAUUCAGCCGUCCGAGCAGUCUGCGAAUCCACAGCCACUCACACACCGGAGAGAAGCCGUUCAAGUGCCCCCAUUCCGGUUGCGGCAAGGCCUUUAGCGUGCGGAGCAACAUGAAGAGGCAUGAGCGAGGCUGCCACAGCUUCGAGUUCAAUGCUUCGGGGUCUGUUCUCCGAUCCUAA